AUGGCAUCUCAUCAAACUACUCAGACUACUGUUUAUACCAAGGACAAUGAAGUUUAUUCAGCCAAAAGUUGUCAAGAAGAAGUGUCUAACGAAGAAUGUCAGAACAUAAUGGAGAUUCAAGAAAUGCACGUUCAAAAACCUAAAGCGACUCAUUUCUUUCCGAAUAAGUCUUUUAAUUUUAGUUCUCCUACAGACAGCAUUUUAUCCCCCUGUACCAAAAUGCUACGGGCAAAGAAAGCGAAAAACUACGAAUGUGGCAAACCCGUAUUUCUUAGUGGAAUUUUCGCCAAAGCGUUGAGAGAAGAGAAAAUGAAAAAAACUCAAGAGUAA